CCCCUUUUUCCUGUGUUACUCCGCUGUGGCGGAAGUAAGUCGUAUCGCUGCUGAGGCCUCAUCCUUCCAAUGGCGACUGCAAACAAGCUGAAUGGAAAGCGGGAGCAACUCGCAGGGGUACAGGGCGUUGUGAUCUAAUUUAAUCAUAUAUAUCAUAUCCUCUGCAGCGAUAAAGUUGAACGUGAAUUGUUUCACCUCUCCAAAUCACGGUCGAUUCAAUGGCCAAAAAUCGGAACAUUUCGCUCCUUGAGUCGGAGCUCUAUUACUUGAUAACUCGUUUUUUGACAACGGGUCCGUGUCGGAAAGCAGCUGAGGUCCUUGUGAGCGAGCUAGAGGAAUAUCAGCUGUUACCCGGGAGAUUGGACUGGCAGGGAAACGAACACCCGAGAACAUAUGAAGAUGUGAUUGCAGCCACCAAACAUAUUGCACCAGAUCAUUUGCUACAAAUUUGUAAGCAGAUUGGACCAGUUCUUGACAAAGAGGUGCCAUCAUGUGUCCCAGGGGUUCACUCUCUCCUUGGGUCAGGAAAGCAGUCAAUGCUUCGGACUGCAAAAGACUGCAACAGUGUAAGGUUAAGAGCUUCCUCAUUUGCAGCCCUUCAUCGAGGCAGACCACCAGAGAGGCCUUCAAACUGCAAAAAACCUCCUCCUCUUGUGAAGGUCUAUCGAGGCAGAGAGCUGACAGGAGCGCAAUGCUUCAGCUCCAUUAAUCCUGUCAGCAAUUAUGAGCACAUGCGGCUGCACAGACGCAUCCUGGGGCAUUUGUCUGCUGUAUACUGUAUCGCAUUUGAUCGCACCGGUCUCAGGAUCUUCACAGGCUCAGAUGACUGUUUGGUGAAGAUAUGGUCUUCUUUUGAUGGAAGGCUUCAUUCAACACUGCGAGGACACUCUGCAGAGAUCACAGACUUGGCAGUUAAUUAUGAGAACACGUUAAUUGCAGCUGGAAGCUGUGACAAGUCCAUCCGUGUAUGGUGCCUUCGUACCUGUGCCCCUGUGGCUGUGCUGCAAGGGCACAGUGGAUCCAUUACCUCCCUACAGUUCUCACCUUUCGCAAAGGGCUCAAAACGCUACAUGCUAUCAACUGGAACUGAUGCUACAGUCUGCUUCUGGCAGUGGGACGUCUACAACAUCAACUUUAGUGAUCGACCACACAAAUUCACGGAGCGGCCAAGGCCGGGUGUUCAGACUGUGUGUUCCUCUUUCAGUCCAGGGGGGAUGUUCUUAGCAACAGGAAGUACCGAUGAUGUCAUCAGAAUAUAUUACCUGGGGAGUGGGAGUCCAGAAAAGACAUCAGAGCUCCAUGAGCACACAGACAAAGUUGAUAGCAUCCAGUUCUGUCACUCAGGGGAAAGGUUUGUGAGUGGAAGUCGAGAUGGAACUGCACGAAUCUGGAAGCUCCACCAGCGGCAGCAGUGGAGGUGCCUCUUGCUUAACAUGUCUGCCACUCUUCCAGGUGCUCAAUCAACGGGCGAUGAGGAAACCUAUUUCAAACCCAAAGUCACCAUGGUAGCGUGGGAUCGCCAUGAUAAUACAGUCAUUACAGCUGUAAACAACCAUCUCCUCAAAGUGUGGAACUCUUACACAGGACAACUGCUACAUAUCCUGAAAGGCCAUGAGGCUGAGGUAUUUGUCCUGGAGCCACAUCCUUUUGAUCCCAGGAUCAUCCUGUCUGCUGGUCAUGAUGGGAAUGUCUUCAUAUGGGAUCUGCUGCGAGGGGAGAACACACAGCAUUACUUCAACAUGAUUGAGGGCCAGGGUCAUGGAGCAGUUUUUGACUGCAAAUUCACCCCCGAUGGCCAGCGGUUUGCCUGCACAGACUCCCAUGGCCAUCUGCUUAUCUUUGGUUUCGGCAGUUCCAGGCCUUAUGAGAAGCUUCCAGAUCAGGUGUUCUUCCACACAGAUUACCGACCAUUGAUCAGGGACUCGAACGGUUUUGUGCUGGAUGAACAGACACAGCAGGCACCCCAUCUCAUGCCACCACCCUUCUUAGUGGACGUGGACGGAAACCCCCAUCCUCCAAGGUACCAGCGUCUUGUUCCAGGACGGGAGAACAUUGCUGCUGAACACCUGGUUCCUCAGCUGGGAUAUGUUGCCACAAGUGAUGGAGAGGUGGUUGAGCAGGUGAUCAGUCAACAGACUGCAGAGCAUGAUGAAGUUGUGGUAAGACGUACCAACCUCCUUGAUGAAGCAAUACGAAAUCUCCAGCAGCAACAGGACCGUCAAAACCAGCCUGUGACAGAUGCUGUACCAGGGGCCAGAACAGGAUCAGAGUGGCAAGCUGAGGCACAGGGCCCAGCUUUUGCAGCAGCCCCAAAUACACCACGCAGAGUGUCUGUGAAUGAACGGGCUGAUGUGCAGUCACCUCCUAAUGUGGGCCUGCGCCGCAGUGGACAGGUGGAGGGUGUACGACAGAUGCACCAGAAUGCCCCUCGGAGCCAGAUAGCCACAGAGAGAGACCUGCAGGCCUGGAGGCACCGGGUGGUUGUGCCUGAGCUGGCAACCAGUAGUUACAGGGACCAGGAGGGCACUCGAACAGCUAAAGGAGAAGAGGAGAUAGUUCUGUACAGUGCGAAGAAGAGACGAAUUAUCCACACCAUCUGUGGGGAUGAUUCAGAUGAUGAUCCUCUAAACGGGAAGCAAAGCGACACUCUGGAAUUCAUAGACUUGUCGUGUGAAGAGGGAGAGGAGACUGCAAGCUCAGAGGACAAUGAAAUGGAUGGCAGUGAUCUGGAUUCCUCCAAUGAUGAGGAAGAGUGGAAUAGUGACAGUUCAAGCCACACAUCCAGUGAAUAUUCGGACUGGACAGCAGACGCCGGUAUCAACCUUCAGCCAUCUACCCCUUUGUCAUCAAGAAAACGGAGACAGCGCAGACUCAGCAGCUCUGAAGAGGAUGACGAUGACAAGAAUGAAGGAGAGGAAGAGAGGCAGCAGAGUGAUGAGGAGGAAAGACCUCAAAAAAGAAGUAAAGAAAAGUCCAAAAGAGCAAAGAACAAGGCACCCAGGCGUCCAAAGACCCGCCCAUCCAUCAACAGAGAAGUGUCGAACGAGUUCAGGCCCUCACCUUGGAUCACUGAUGUCGUUCCCAGGAAGUCUCCUUUUGUACCUCAAAUGGGCGAUGAGGUGAUCUACUUUCGGCAGGGGCACGAGGCUUAUGUGGAGGCAGUGAGUCGGAGUGAACUGUACCCGAUCAAUUUAGACAAACAGCCCUGGAAGAAAAUGGAGCUGCGGGACCAAGAGUUUGUGAAGAUAACCGGGAUCAAAUAUGAAGUGUGCCCUCCAACACUUUGCUGUCUGAAGCUAACCCUUAUCGACAACGGUACAAGAAAGAUCACGGACAAGUCGUUUUCCAUCAAGUAUCAUGACAUGCCAGAUGUGAUCGAUUUUCUUGUGCUGAGGCAAAGUUAUGAUGAGGCACUCCGUAGAAACUGGCAACCAAAUGACCGAUUCCGUUCAGUGAUAGAUGACGCCUGGUGGUGUGGGACCAUCGACUGUCAGGAGCCCUACCAGCCAGAAUACCCUGAUAGUCACUUCCAGUGCUUCAAAGUCAGAUGGGACAAUGGUGAACUUGAGAAACUGAGUCCUUGGGAUGUGGAACCUAUUCCAGAUAAUGGUCUCUGCUCUGCAGCCCAGCAGCCAGAUACAGAAGGAGGCGGCAUACCUGUGACUGCAGAUGAGAUGAGGGAGCUGAUGUAUAAGACUCUUCCAGGAGAGUGGGGAGAGAGAAGCAGAGACGAAGAGUGUGAGCGUAUCGUUGCUGGCAUUGAUCAGCUCAUCACUGUUGAGAUUGCAGCCCCCUUCUCUGGUCCUGUAGACUUAAUACAGUAUCCCACUUACUGCACUGUAAUUGCCUACCCUACUGACCUGGGCACCAUCAGACUCCGUCUCCUGAACAGAUUCUACAGGCGCCUCUCAGCAUUAAUUUGGGAUGCCAGGUAUAUUGCGAACAAUGCCCGCACUUUCAAUGAGCCAAGCAGCAAGAUUGCCCACUCUGCAAAAAUCAUCACAAAUGUCCUCCAGAAAUUCAUCAAUAACACAGGUUGUACAGAUAUCAUGGAGAUUUACAAUGCUGUUGAAGAAAUGGAUGAUGAUGAUGAGGAAGAGGACACUGAGGCGCCAGGUACAUCAUCUGGGCACAGACUGCGUCAGCGCUCAGUAGAGAUAGUGCCCGACCGGGAUGCCUGGAAGGAACAGUGCAAAAAACUACUCAGCUACAUAUUGGAUUGUGAGGACUCGGAACCAUUCAGACAGCCUGUUGAUCCUCUGAACUAUCCGGACUACCUUGGAAUUAUUGAUACACCAAUGGACUUCGGCACAGUGAAAAGGACCCUGGAGCAAGAUGGCUAUGAAAACCCCAUAGAGCUGUGCAAAGACGCCAGGCUUAUUUUUGCCAAUGCUAAAGCCUACACUCCAAAUAAACGCUCCAAGAUUUAUAGUAUGACUCUGCGGCUCUCUGCUUUCUUAGAGGAGCAAAUAAGAACAAUCAUAUCAGAGUACAAAACUGCCAUCAAGAGCAGUGAUCGACUACGCCGCAGUCAGAGGUUCCGGAAGAAAAUGCAGCAGCAGGAUCAGGCCUUCACCACAACAAGUCAAAAAAGAGCGGCUUUAAAAACUCAGGAAAAAGUGGAGUCGAUGUCAGUGACCAAAUCUACCUCAGCCAAAGCAUUGGUUCCUGAUAGAGUCAAGAGGAGUAGACGCAGCAGCUCAGGUCACAGCUCCUCAGACGAUUCCAAAGGUGCUUCAUCAACACAAGAGUCUGAAUGUGAGAGCGAGCUGAGUCGAUCAGAGGGGGAGAAACAUCCUGGUCGCUCAAGGCACCAUCACCUCAGACAGAAAGCAAGAGUCACAAGAAGCAACCGUGCCAUGAAGCGGAAAAACAUUGCAGAGAGUGAUAGUGAAGAAGAAGAAGAUGAAGAGGAGGAAGCAGAGGAGGAGUUUGACAGUGAAGAUGGAGAAGAUGCAGAGGUGUCCUCCCAGUCUUCAGGUCCUCGUUACCCCAGCAGGAGUAAAAACAGCAGGAACACACGGUGGACCAGAAGCAGCAAUGGCACAGACAGGAAGCAUACAGAGGGAAGAGCAAAGGUGAAUGGUCACAACAGCAAGCCUUCUCGUGGGGAGAGACGUCAGCACCAAGCCUUCGACAGAGCCUUAUCCCAAGGCUCUGACGGGGAAGAGGAGGAGGAGAAUAUAACGGUUCGGAGGUCACUUAAGAGGAAAACAGCAAGAGCAGCCGUGAAUAAGAUCAAACUACUUGAGGCCUCAGAUGAAGACUAUGAGGAGGAGGAAGCGGAGGAGAAGCCAAACAGGAGUAGUAGCCGUCUCCACCAAACAGCUCAUGCUGGCAAACGCACAGCAGUGAUCCAGAGCACCUCUGAAUCUGACGAAGAACCAUCAUCAAGGGCUUCACAGAAAACAAAAGAAACAGACCGUGAUUUCAAGGAUGGAGAAGAUGACAAUCAGAAUGGAAACUCAAGGCCCAACAGACAGAGGACACGACGACAAGAUAUCAAGACCAAGGAAAAUUAUAAGUUGUCCCAUUUGAAUGGGCACAGUGCAAAACAUCACAAGUCCAACAGCAACUCUGAGCUAGAAGAAAACACUGACGAUAGCUCUGCAGAAGCUGAAGAGGAGGAACAGGAGGCUGUGUCUCAGAAACCUCCCAGACACAUAGCAACUGCUGCAGCCAGGAAAAAAAGGAUUACAAGUGAGGAGGCAGAGGACACUGAAAGCAAGACCACACAACACAAACCUUCUUUAAACUCAGGUGUAGAGCAUAAAGACCACAGGUCUCAAAAACAUCUCUCCGAAAAUGGGAGAAAUGUGGAAGAUGCUAUCCUCAAAGACUCUAAGAAAAAGAGAAAGGAUUUAUCAUCAAAAAGCCAAGUUAGGCAAAAAUCUGCUACAACUAAUAAAAAAAGUGUUACAGAUUCAGAGGAGCUCAGUGAUACUCGUAAGGAACUUAGCCAAGCCAAGAAAAGACGGAAAAGAAAUGGAGGUAGUGAAGAAGAAAGCAAUGACUCCUGUGAGGACUUUGAGACUGAAACCAAGCUCAAGAGGCCAACAAGAGGUUCAAGUGAAUCUAGACGACUUAAUAGUGACACCUCAGCGUCUGAUAGCUCUGAGCAGGAAUACAAGCCCAAGAGCAAGUUGAGGAGGAAAAGCUCCACUGGCUCAUCAGACGAAGAGUCGGAUAAAUCAAACAUCACGACAAAUAGACGGAAAAGCCUCCGAGCCCUACCAAAAAAGAAAUAUAUCAGUGAGAACUCUGUUUCUGAUGAGGAUUCUGUUUCUGCAAACCAGGGUAAGCGGAGAAAUAACAACAACACAGCCACAGCAUCUUUGGAAGACAGGAAAAAUAAAAGAGAGUUAAACAGAACAUCUCGCAACGAAAGCAGGUCUCAAGUAUCUUCAAAGAGAAAACGUAUUUACACCUCAGAUUCUGAUGACGCGAUUGAGGAGACCAAGAAUAAUAAAACCAGCCGGUCAGGCACCUCAAGGCGUUCCAAAACAGAGUCUAAACAAGAGGAAGGUAACGGAAGCAAGGGAGAUACCUCCUCUGAUUCCAGUGAAGAGGAAGACAUCGUUGGUAGUUCAAGGAGGACUAAGAGGAACUCCAGGUGGCAAAAUCCCAAACGAAAGGAGAGCAUCAGCAGCAAUCCCAGUUCUGACUCAGAAACCGAGCAGUCCUCUUCAGCCUCAGAAAACUCUUUUGCCUCAGGGUCCCACAGCUGUCCAAAGAGAAGAAAAUACGGAACGUCUGAAAUUGCUGAAAGGACUACUAGCCGCCAGCUGAGGCAGCGCGGCAGACGUUCUGCCGCAGAGGAGCAAGAUACUGAAGAGUCAGACAGCAGACGGCAUCGAAAGACACGUGUGAACACCCGUAACCGAGGGAAGCGGACGGUCAAAUAUCACGACAGCGAAUAAAUGAGCUGCCAAACUAAAUGCUGCGGAGUGAAUACAGAGACGGACAUUAACUGGAGACCUUGGAGACCUUGGAGACACUUGAUGGCCACAUUAUGGUAGUAGCACUGGAGUCCUUGAGAGAAAAUGCUGUGAAUCUGUUUCAUUCAGGGAUAUUUAUAUUUUCUAUGAAAAACAUGUUUAUUGAUGUAAUACCAAUUCAAGCAUUUUGACUGCUGGUUUUCACAAAGAUACAAGGCAAAAAUACCACCUUCCAUACUGCUUGUUAUUUGUCCAGCAGACAAACCAUUCUGGGGGAUCUUAUCAGCUUGGGUGCUAUCUAAUAUACCUCUGUUUAAUCAAGCAUAUUGCUGGCUUGCACUAGGACACACUGUAAUGAGGUAUUUCAUACACUAGUUUUGCAUUAAAAUCUCAGGGGUCAACUAAGUUUACUGUCAGACAUGCAAUUGUUUUUGAGCUAAGGUAAGGACAAGUAACAAUUUUGGGUCUGCAGAUGUCCAAGCACAUUCAGUGGGACAGAAUUAACCUGCGUUCAGACUUUUGACUAUAGCACUCCUUUGUAAAUCAACACAUUUAAUGCUUUACUGUAUUACAAGUUGAUGUGAGCCAAAUGAACAAAUAUGAAUCCCUUUCCCCAUGCCAUUUCAUUUUUUUUACUUAGAUUUUUGUUGGAUUUUAGUGAAUAGAUGUAAAUAUAGGAUUGAGAAUAGCUAUGUCUGAAAGGUUUUGCUGUCAGUCAGUAGCAACAAAAUAUUUAAUUAUGAGCUCUUUAUUUCUAUUCUUUUUUUUUUUUUUUACUUUCAAAUACAUUGACUUGCCAUAUGUCAAAAGAUUGGUACCUUUUGCCAAGUACAAGUAACCAAAGUACUUCUAGCAAAAGACUGCGAUUUCUCAUAUUGGGAAGACCUUUAAUUGUUGUCCUGUGUUACCUACUUCCAGUAUUAAAUUCCUUUUCAUAAUAGACUCCAAACAUUUAGCCAGUCACAUGGUUUAAUUUUGCUAUGGGGAGGUUUCUAAAUACAGUUGCUUUGUAAAAAUUUUGCCUGAUGUUUUCGUACACCUUUAAUAAGAGAUUUCACAGAAAACUUUAAACACAAUGUGGUUGUGGAGUGCAAUGAGUUAGUUAUUCAUCCUAUUAAUAAAGACAUCGUUUCAAGGUG